GACGCCAUAAUCUCGCGUGAUGAGACUUGUGGCGGCGGGGUUUUCUGUAAAACAGGAGGCAAGGAACCUGCAGUUAACAGCUCUGCGGGACGUGUAAGUAGCGAGCAGGGACUGCGGGUUGCGUUAGGAUCAUUGACGGCCAAUAUACAGUUGGAUACGAGCUGCGGCUGCUUGAGAGGACUGCGCCUGUCGCAAAGUCAUCAUCUAAUUCUCAUGCUAACAAUAGUUGAUGAGAAGGCGUAAUCAACCGUUAUGGAGCUUUCAACUUUAGUGAAGAAACUUGGUCAUCAAUUGAUGGAGAUUAGAGAACGAUCACUAAAAAAUAUCCUUUGCAAGCUUGACUAUAAUUUGGUUUCAUUAGCUGACUUGGCACAAGAGAAGUCAUUCCUACUACAUCUUUUAGAAUGGUUUAAUUUCCCAGCAGUGCCAAUGAAAGCAGAAGUACUACAUCUUUUAAAUAAGCUGGUUAAGCACUCGGGAGCAGCACAGUGGCUCAUUCAACUUGGUGCAGUGGAUUUCUUCUCACAACUGCGGUCAAAUGUAGAACCAGAUCUUCAGGCAGUAGUGGAUAGCAUUUUGGAUGGUUUGUUCCUUCUUCCUACAGAACUGGCAUAUAACAGUCAGGAUUCCCCACAUGAAGUAAAAUCCUGGACAUCACAAAAAUAUACAGCUUUACAGCAAGAAGGCAGCUUGACUGAUGGAUAUUUUCAACAAGUGCUAACUUUGCAAACUUCAGAAAAUUCACCAGAAGAAACUGCAGCAAGUCACUGUCCAGUUAAAUGUCUGAAGUUUUCUACCUUUCCUUGGUUGCCAUUAACAACAACAGAUAAACAUGUGCUCUCAUCAAAUGAAAGACCCUCUGCUGUUCAUCUUCCAGUCUGUCACUCAAACUACUCCCUGGGUGUCACGUUAAAUGGCACCAUAGCCACCAGCUCUUUAAGAAGCAAUAGCCAGAGCUUAAUAUGGAGAAGUUGCCAGCUGCUGCAGGAUGUUGUUAUGCAAGACUUUCCUCCUGAAAUUUUUCUUCAAAGGCCAAAAAUUGUACAGAGCCUACUGUCUUUACUUGGACUUGCAUCAGAAAAAGAUGGUCAGCAACAUUUGGCAUCACAGUCUAUUUCAUGUCUAUCCCAGUUAUGUACACAGCUUAGAAAUAGAUUUAGUUUUCACAGGGAUCCAGAUUUUUUAAGUACAAAGCAAGAAAUCGUUUCCCAUAAUUCUUUUGCAUCGUACUGCAAUGGUGCACAGGCUAAUAAUUCUCUAGUUUCUUCUCCUGAAAAUGAAAACCUUAGACCAUGUGUUGUGGGUCGUACAAGUCAGCGUCUUAGAGGAGAUGGACAAGAUUGGGAUACAGCAUCAUCUAGUGAGAGUAGCACUCAAGCCCACGGACCCUCCAGGUCUCAUUUGUCCCCAAUGGAUAUAGGACUCUUGGAAUCUCCAGAAAUAGAACAUGAAGAUACUUUAGAGCUACAGUUUCAGCAGUUGAGCCUUCCUCAGUUUUGUGUAUCACUUCUGGAAGCUGCUACACCUCUGCUUAAAUCAGACAGGAAGAAGCAAAUAAUGUGUAUUCUUGAAAUGCUCCGAGAAAAUAUAAUCCUGCUCAGUGAGACUGUUUCAGAAAAUGUCUGGGAAGAUGAAAGCCUUAUUGGGCAAGAAAUGAGACAUAAACUUCUUUCCAUCUUAGAUACACUCGGGGAUGCUAUAUUAUAUCAUAAAAAUAACAAUAGUUCUGAGCAGCCCAGUUCUUCUCUUAUGAGUCACAGAAUGGCAUUUAUCAGCAUCUCGCUUUUUACAAUGCGCCUGCUGCAAAGCAUUCUCCCUGUGGAAAAGGCAAAUGAUGUUCUGCCAGGAAGCUUGAUGAAUGCUUUGUUCCUUAUAUCUCUCGACCUGCCAUUUCGUAUGGCAUAUCCCAGCGUUCAUGAAUCUGUUAUAUCUUUUAUGGAGCAGCUGAAUUCUGAGCACUAUAGCAUUUAUAAACAAUCCUCAGAGACCGCAUAUUCAAUUGAAUGUGCAGCAACUUUUAUGUUGUAUUCUAAGAAAGAGGGGACAAAGGAUUUUUUAGAAUUGGUUGAACUGGCGGAUAAGGCUCUUUCAAGCCUUCCUUUUCAUAAACAUUAUCCUUUGGUUCAGAAACUCAUUCAGAUUUGCUCAGAUAUUUUUAAGUCCGUGUUGAGUCCUCCUGUUUUAUUAGAGGAGAGUCAAAAAGUUCUGCUUUGCAUGAUGUCCCAUUGGAUGCCUUUAGUGAAAUCAGAGACUUAUAAAACAUCAUUAGAAAUUGUUAAGGAAUCCUUGGGAAUUCAUAACGUCACCAAACCUGUGUCAUCCGUAUGUCAAGGUAUACAUUUUCUCCUCCACUCAAAGGUGCUCUAUGAAAUAGCUACAUUUGGCUUACAAGAAUCAAACACUGAGAUAUGUACCGCAGCAAAGACAAUUCUCUCAUAUUUACUUCAAGGACGCCUUGUCAUGGCAGAUCAAACUUGGAAUACUUUUAUUGAAUCUAUUUGUCCAGUAAUUCCCAUUUUACAGGGAUUUGCAGAUACAGAAGAAGCCCUAGGUACAUCUAUAUUAACACUGUGUGAAACCUCUGCAGAUGACAAAGGGAUUUUAACCAAAACUGCAAGGAUAAGAGCAGCUCUGCGGCAACUUUUUUCUAAAAAGCAGGCAGUCCGCUCUAUGGCCAUAAAAUGGUUAGCAGUACAUUUAUUGAAUGAAGAGGAUUCAACCUGCAAGCGACCUCAGCUUCAAGGAAGUAUUUUGUCUAAUGCCGUCAGUUUGUUCAUCUUAGAACAACCACUUGACCUCAAGCUGGAUUGCAAUGAAAAGUCAUAUUUUAUGGAAGACACUGUUAAAAAAGUAUGUGAAAUAUUUCUCUCGGACUCGUUAGAUUUUGCUCUGCAAAAAUCUGCAGCUGAACAGAUGUCGGUUAUAGCACAGGAUGUGAAAAUGCAUGGUGUUUUUAAACAGCAGGGUGUAGUGGACAAAAUCCUUCAUUACUUACAUAAAUGUGUUGAACAAGAUGGGAAGGUAUUUGAGUGUAUGAUUCUGCCAUGCUUAAUGCUGUUACGCAAAUUGGUAUAUGCUGACCCAGGAUUGCGGCUGACCCUUUCACAGAAAUCAAGUUUCCUACUCACUUUAUUCCGAGUAUCUUUGAUGGUGCAGAAAGAAGUUACUUUACUCACAGAAGCUGCUGCUUUACUGUUUAUGCUCCUGUUUGAUGAAAUAUCAAGAAUGGACACAUGGUCAGAGGGCAUACCUUUUUGCACCCCACCUCCUUUUGGACUUCCUGUCACUGUUGUUAGAAGAUUCCAUCUUCCUGUGGUAGUUAGUACUUAUCAUGCUGUCAGUCCCUACACCAUGGCUUCUUCCUUAUCUGCUGAGUGGUUAACCUCGAAGCCAGUGUCUGUUAUGCUUCGGAUGUCUUGGAAUAUUUCUUGGCACCAGGGAAUUGAUAAUUUCCUAAAAACAAUGGCAGUCGAACAAGAAGAAAUUGAAAAUUCUUUAGAAACAUUAAAGUUAUCCCCAGAAGAAGUUCUGACAUUGAAGAUGACACACUCCGUUAGUGGCCUGCAAGAUUGCCUGAGUUCUAUCAUUCAGGCUGUGUCUCAUGGGGAAGUUCGUUCUGCUGUUGCUAGGAUGAAUUUUUAUCUUUUAAAUGACAGACUGGUUUUAAACUGCCUGACUGCCUGUAACAUGUCUUCCUUGAAGUGUCUGCCAUGGCAUACUGCAUUGAGCAGGUUUCUACUGGUUCAUCCAGCUUGUGAAGAAGAUGAAAAGCUUCUGGCAGAUGUGAUACGUUUUUUAAACAAGAUAUUACAAGAGCAGAAAGGAAAUUCAGAUCUACAUGAUCUCCAAUGGAUACUAGAGAUGCUGCUUAAACAAAGCCCAAGUCCACUGUUUGAGCUAAUGGAGCAGAAAGAAUAUCUAGCCAAAAAGGAUUUGGAUGAUACACGAGCAGCUGUGAGGCAGCAUCUGCAAAAAGAGCUGAUGAGGUUUUUUAACACACUAAUGCUCUGUUUAACUUCAGUUACUGAUCGAAAGUGUUUGGUAAUUGGUGGAUCAUUCAGAACACAGCUGGCUUUGCAUUUGCUUAUCCGUUUAAAAGUAUCGGAUGCCCCUCAUUUCUAUGGCUUGCCAUCACUUGCACAAACUUUAAGAGGAAUGAGUCAUGUGACUUCACAGCCAGGUUGGAGCUCCUACUGCCCAUCCACAGAAGCAUUUGCAGUUUGUGUUAAAACACUGACUAGCCUUCUUGAGAUCAUCUCAUCAUUUUAUGUGGAAUGGGGAGGAAAUGCUCUUUCCUAUAUGGGUAAAGGUGUAACGAAGAGCACAGUAUUGUGCUUGCUUCACUUGUCCCAUGAGAUGACAGCUCAAGCUAAAAACACGGAUUGGAUAGAUCUUUGGGCUUUACCAUAUGACCAUGGCACUGAAGAACAUGUUUUAUCUCGACUUGGUUUGGAAUGGUUAAUUCCUUUGUGGGUUGAUAGAGACCCUGAGGUAAGGUUUACAAGCCUUGGAAUUGGAUCAGCUUUAACAUCUCUGCAAAAAGGUUGCCUUGCUUUGUCUGCCAGCUGUCAAAACAUUUCAGGUGGACUGUGGGGAACAGUGCUCAGUAUCUUCCUAAACCAGAAUGAAUGUAGCAUGGUGCGCAGGGAGGCUGCCUAUGUUCUUCAAAAUUUGCUUGUUAUACCAAUGCCUGAAAGUCUCGAAGAUUCCAAAGUGUAUGAGUUUCAGGGCCCUUGCAUACACGAUGAGGUUUCUGGAUUAACAUUGGUAGGCAGAGCUGCUCUCCAAGUUUUAUUGCAUGACUACCACUUCUAUGAUCAUGUUGGUCAGAUGGUGAAAAACUGCUACUUUGGUCAUUAUACCUCCAACUAUCCCAGCUUUCCAUGUAUAGCUGCAAAGGAUAAUAUUAAUGGCUCUGAAGACUCCGUUUACCUCUGGCAAAGUGUGCAUAGUUUUUCAGACUCCAAGUCAACAUUGACCACAUUGAUUCAUCCAGGAUCAUCACCCACAAUCAGUACAGAACACUUGCUUUCAGUGUCUACACCAGUAUGCUCAGAUAAUGUUGCUGACCUACUCUCAGAUCAAGAUCAAAGCAGCAAACUGAAAACACCAUCUCAAAGCACAGAAAACAGUGAAGGGACAAAUUGUGUUUCUGAGCAGUGUUCUGUAGUUACACCAUGUUUGCUGUCUGCAGUGUGCAGUUUACUGGAAAAUUUGCUGGCAGUGAAUCAAAAAGUCACAGUAAUAGAAUUAUCUGAAAGAAGCAUACUUAAAUGUGUGGCAAGCCUUCUAACACCUGGGCUGCUGGAAAGGUGCUUUUCUGAUCUCAAGGCUCAACUUACUCAUGGCCAAGCAAAAAUCACAAUGUUGCAGGUAAUUGCCCUGUGUCAAUAUUUAUCUUCCAUGUCAGGACUUUCCCAAGCAUGUCUGCUUGCAAAUGCCAAUCUUGUUGUGCAGGACGAAAUUAUAAAUCCAAUGCUUGCUGUGAUAUUUUCUUCCCUGUCCAUAAAGAAUAACAAAUCUUGGGACACUGAACUGCUUUAUGCCAUUUAUCAGGCAUGGACAGACACAUUUACAUUUUUAGCAGUAUUGUUGAGAAAGAGUGGUCAAAUUAUCCUUUUUCAACUGGAAGCCGUGCUAGCAAAAUAUGGAAAUAUUCUGCAGAAUACCGUGGAUGAGUGUUUAAGCCUAGCAACAUUCCAUCCAAAGCUCUAUUCAGCCUGUCUGCAGUUCCUUUCAUUACUCUUCAGUGAAGAAAAACAACAAAAGCUAUCUCCAUCCACCACUACAGCUCUUUGUUCACUCUUAGAUGGAAAUGAAAACAUGGGAUAUGUCCUUUGCAAGUCACUCCUUCAGAGCUGUGAUGAAAAGGCUACAGAUGACCCCCUCAGACAAAUCUGUACACAAACUUUAAUCCUGCUGUUGGCUGUUAGCAGAAGUGCAAGGAAGUACAGUGUAGAAGCUCACUUGGUAGAUAGUUGUAUUGAAGAAAUGAAACACAUUUACGCCCAACUAAACCUUGAUUCCCUGAGGCCUGGGAAACCAACACACAGGAAAAAGGAGGAAAAUCAUCUGAAACAGCUAAAAGUUCUCAUGCAAACUCUAAGGAAUUGUCUUUAUCAGAAUGAGGAAGGAAAAGAUGCAGCUUUAAAUUCCCAGUUUCCUUUUGUUCUACAAUCUCUUUGGCCUUGGUUAUUGAUGGAUGAUGCAUUGAUGCAAGGUGCUCUGCAAUUACUUUGUGUCUACACAGCACACUACCCUGCAGCUUGUACUUCAUUAUGUUUGGCAAACACUGGAAUGGCAGCACCACAACCCUUCCCAAAAACUGCUGCGAGUAAUUCCCUUAUGCACAGCAUAUUGAAGAUAGCCUCUGAUUCUGCUUCUAAUAACGGCAUUGUUCAACAGAUGGCUUUUGCACUUCUUUCAAAUCUUGUUGUAAUUCAGGACUCCAAAUGUAUUAUUCAAAAGAGUAACUUUCUACAAAACUUUCUUUCCCUUUCACUGCCAAAAGUUGGAACCAAAAGCCUUUGUGUCUUGGCCAAUAAUUGGCUGAAAUUUCUUUGGAACUUGUCAAUGGGGACUGAUGGUCAACAAAUGAUCCUGAAACUGAAAGGAAGUUUAGACCUUCUUGUUGAGAUGACAAAAUACAAACAUAAAAUCAAUUCCCCUAUAGCCUUGCUUAUUUUGCAUAAUGUCUGUUUCAGUACAGCAAAUAAAGCCAAGAUACUGUCAAACGAUAAAGUUGUGGCUGUGCUUUCUGCUUGUCUGGAAAGUGACAAUCUCCUUGACCAGCAAAUAGGAUGUUCUGCGUUAUGGGCUCUACUUCACAGUUAUCAAAAGGCCAAAGCUACUCUCAAGAAUCCAUUGAUAAGGGGAAGAAUAGAAGAAGCUUUGUCUACAUUAAAGAAAAAUCCCAGUGCCUUAAAAGGGAAACUUGAACUUUAUCAUUUAAAGUGUUUGGAAAAUCUGGAUCUCCUUCUGAGCAACUAAGAGUUUUUUUUGUUUGUUUGUUUGUAUAAGUGUUUUUGUUUGUUUCUGUUGAAUCUUAUGUUUGAAAACGUCCUUGAUUGAAAUUCAUCUUAGAAUACAAAUAACAUUUCAGUUUAGGUAGUGAUCAGUUUACAUUACUCGCUCUGUUUCCUGCUUGAAACACAAGCCAAAAACAAGAAAAAAGAUAAUUGAAAAGAAAUUGAUAUUUUUCAGUAAAUGAAUGUAAAAUGUAGCAGAGGUACUUUAUUUGUUAAUGUAACCAAGCCUGAGCUGUAUGAAACAAAGCUUUAUAUAAUGUAUAUACUUGUCUUCUAAUACAUUUCCAUGAUUUUUAAUAUAUAUUUUUUAUAAAAUAAAAAAAACACUUAAAUUAUUA